CGCUGUUACUGGUGGUGAGAGGGACGGCGGCUCUGGUCGUGGUGGCGGCUAUGCCGCUGCUGCUGGUGCUGCCGGUGCCGCUGUUGGGGGUGCCAGCUGGCGGAUUGGCGUGAACAGUGCUUCUCUGCGCCGCCUCUUCUCCUCUGCUGCUUUGGAUGCCGAAGGUGGAAGGGCAGGAGAGGAAAGGGUUGAAUUGGAUAGUGGUGGGGGAAAGGCGGGAGAGGUUGCGGGAGAGUUGGGGCCAGCAAGGGCAGAGGAAGGGGGAGAAGCAGUGAAGCGUGAGGCUGCAUCAACAGUGAUGAGUGCUGGAGGGGCAGGGGCAGGGGCCCUCGCCAUUCCCUUCCAAGAGAGGGGCGUGUCUCUCCAUCUGCCCUACCGCCAGCAGCUCAGAGCGCUCAUAGGCCGCUCCUCCCUCUCCCUGCCGCACCUCUUUGCUGCCGGCUGCUGCCCUGGGGGCGCUGCCGCUGCCCUCGCCAUUCCCUUCCAAGAGAGGGGCGUGUCUCUCCAUCUGCCCUACCGCCAGCAGCUCAGAGCGCUCAUAGGCCGCUCCUCCCUCUCCCUGCCGCACCUCUUUGCUGCCGGCUGCUGCCCUGGGGGCGCUGCUGCUGCCCUCGGCAUUCCCUUCCAUGAAAGAGACGUGUCUCUCCAUCUGCCCUACCGCCAGCAGCUCAGAGCGCUCAUAGGCCGCUCCUCCCUCUCCCUGCCACACCUCUUUGCUGCCGGGCGCUGCCUUGGGGGCGCUGCCGCUGUGUUCCGGCUCGGGGAAGAGGGGCUACUGCUGCCACUGCUCGCUGCUGCCCUGGCGGACGGUGCUGGUGAGGGAGGGGCAAAACCGGUUGGAAAGGCAACGGUAGAGGCAGCAAAAGCAGGAGCAAGAGGAGGAGUAGCAGCAGCUGGGAAAACAAUAGGUUCAGCAUUCGACUGUGUAGGCCCAGUGGCCACCGCAAGUGGAGCAGCGAUUGCAGCAGAAGGAGCAGCGCCAGCAGCAGCAGAUGCGGCAGCUUCUGAUGAAACUACCGGGGCUAGCGGUGCUGCUGCUGCUGUGGUUGCUUCAAGAACUGAAUCUGAUGCUGCCUGUGCACCAAUGAGUAAAGCCCCUGAAGAGACAGCAGCAGACGCCAGUACUGGUGCUACAAUUGGCACUGUCAGCCACGCAAAGGCAGCAGAGGGUGGUGGUGAGUCGCAUUGCAUUACGACUGUAGAGCCUUGUAAGGCUGGCGUGGCUGGCUCUGGCGUGGCUAGCGCUGGUGUGACUAGCUCUGGUGUGGCUGGCAGAUCCAGCGUGAGAAGAGCACUGUUCCAUAGCAACAUCGGGGGUGCAGAAGGUAUUAAUGCAGCCAGCAGUGCUGCUGCCGGGGAUAUUUCCGCCGAUUUCACUGCUUUGGCCGGCCCUGCUGGGGCAGGCCCUUCUGGGGCAGGCCCUUCUGUGCCAGCCUUUGCUGUGCCAACGGCUGCUCUGUACUCGGGCGGCUAUGGCAGCAGCUGUGGCAGCAACAGUGUGGCGAGUGGAGGCGUAUUCGGGGAAGGUUAUAGUGGCAUGUCGGGGGAAGGUACAUCUGGGGAAGCCUAUGCAGGUACAUCUAGGAAAGCCUAUGCAGGUACAUCUGUAGAAGCCUAUAAAGGCAGAUGGGAAGGUGCAUCUGGAGAGGCUUACAGAGGUACAUCAGCGGAAGACAGUGUAGGUAUAUCUGGAGGGGUUUACAGGGGAACGUAUGGGGAAGGUGCAUCUAGGGAGGGGCGUAACCAGAGAAGCAGCAGAGGCAGCAGCAGCGGCAUGGGGUCUGCUGCUUGCUUCCCACCCCGCUCCCUCUCCUGCAACGCAGCUGCUGUCGCUGACGUGGCAAUAGCUGGUGCCGCCAGGCGUGCACUCGCCCGCCCACAUGGCAGCAGCGGCGGCCUGAGUCGUGCCACAUCAGCACGUUCAAUCUCUGUUACAGGCAGUCGGGCUGCUGCCAAUCGUGCUGUCAAACUGCAUGCAACACAACAAGGAAAAGGUUGUUUCGCGUGUGGUGGGUUGAGGUAUCUUAUCUGCACUCUGUGUGGGGGUAGCCGGGAGGUGCUAUCCCGAGAUGAAUCUUCUCCUCUUGCAUCUCCUCCAGCCACUUUCAACAGCCCUGUGCUCCCUCCCACUCCUCUCCUCCUGCCUUACCCCGCCCUCCCCUCCAUUACCCUCCUCAGGACACCCUCUGCUCCCCCAUGCAUCCUGAGACGUCUCACACCUUCUUCUCCCCCUCCUGCAUCUCCCUCAGACACUUUAACAGCCGUCCUCUCACACUCUUUCUGCCUUUCCCCACUUUUCCUUCCAUUAUCCCAAGAACUCCCUUCUGCUGCUGCUGCUGCUGCUCACGACGGCUAG